AUGGUGCUGGACUCAGGGGCUCAGGUGUAUGAGCAGGCCCCCACCAGCCCCCCAACGAGCCCCUCAUCUUCGCAACCUAGGCUGAAGCCCCCUGAGAGAGAUGGGCCAUCCCUGUACCCCUGGCCUCAGACCCUGGCCUUGCCCCUUGCUCUUGCUGUCCCCUCAGGACUCCAGCAGCCUCAGUCCAAGCGGCAGCCCUUCUCCAAGCUGCACCUGAGUUCCCGGAGCCACAUGUGUCGUAGCGAAAGCACCCACUCUGUAAAUAGUGCAGGCCGCCAUGGCCGCAGCUCCCAGAGCCAGGCCCCACCCCGACGGGGACGGGACUCCGGUUGGGGUACCCUGAGGCCUGCCGCUUCCUUGCCUCACAUUGCUAAGAUUCGAAGGGACAUGGGCAGCGGUGCCAGCAAGAGUCCUUGCAUGUUGGUGGCCCUACGACCCACCAAUAUGGACCGUGAGCGGGACAAGUUCUUCCAAUCCCAUUACACCUAUAACCCACAGUUUGAGUACCAGGAACCCAUGCCCACAGCUGUGUUAGAGAAAUACUGUGAGGCUUCAGGACAGUUCAUCCAUCAGGCAGUUGGCAUCAUCGAGGCUGUCCUGGAGAAGUUUGGCACCUAUGAGCACUUUGAGGCGGCCACAGGGGGUCAGCUGCUGACCAAGUGCCAGAUCUGGUCCAUUGUGCGCAAAUACAUGCAGAAAGAGGGCUGUGUGGGGGAGGUUGUGGUACAGCUGAGUGAGGACCUGCUGUCCCAGGCAGUGAUGAUGGUGGAGAACAGUCGGCCCACACUGGCCAUCAACCUGACUGGAGCCCGCCAGCACUGGCUGGAGGGCAUGCUGCGCCACGAAAUAGGUACCCACUACCUGCGGGGCGUGAACAAUGCGCGGCAGCCGUGGCACAACGCCGAGGGCCGGCAGCGGUACGGGCUGCGGCCGGCCAACCCCACGGAGGAGGGCUUGGCCAGCCUGCACAGCGUGCUGUUCCGCAAGCAGCCCUUCCUGUGGCGUGCGGCGCUGCUCUACUACACCAUCCAUCGCGCCGCGCACAUGUCCUUCCGCCAGCUCUUCCAGGACCUGGCGCGCUACGUUCAGGACGCCAACGUGCGCUGGGAGUACUGCGUGCGCGCCAAACGCGGCCAGACUGACACCUCCAAGCCGGGCUGCUUCAGCAAGGACCAGGUGUACCUGGACGGCAGUGUGCGCAUCUUGCGGCACCGACAGACCAUCGACUUUCCACUGCUGACCUCGCUGGGCAAGGUGUCUUAUGAGGAUGUGGACCACCUGCGGCCCCACGGAGUGCUGGAUAACACCCGGGUGCCCCACUUCAUGCAGGACUUGGCGCGCUACCGGCAGCAGCUGGAGCAUAUCAUGGCCACCAACCGGCUGGAUGAGGCUGAGCUGGGCCGCCUGCUGCCUGACUGA